CCGGUCACAAUGCAGCCCCGCUAAGCAGCCAGCCGGGAGGCUAUGGUGUCGAUCAAUUCACCUAGAGGCAGCAGAUAAGCGAUGACAUCUCUCCACCCAUCCCAUCUGCCUGUCUGCCUGCCUGCCGGCUACACCCCUUUCUGUCCAUCGCCCCACCACCGCCCUGCCCCUCCAUCGAGCCGCACAUCUAGAGAGAUACACCAGUGACACACACAUCAUCAGGAUGGACGGGCAGGCAGGAAGCAGAAGCAAUCGAUCAAAGAGCAACAGCCACCCAUACACACAGCAAAAUCUCUGAGCCUGCCUGCCCGCCCUCAUCCACCUGUUUCCCUCCAUCACGCCAUCCGCAGCGGUCUGAAUGUCUCCCUCCCGUCCCGCCCCUUGUCGACCCACCCCACCGCCCCCCACUCGACGGCCGACACAUCCUUUCUGAAGCCGUUGUCGAUCUGCCCCACCAGCCCCCACUUGGCCGCCUCGUCCAGGAUGGCCCGCUGCACCACCUCACGCAACUCCAUCUUGCGGCCACCCACACCGCCCACCACAAAGCACUCAAGCUGCGGCGCACGCACCACCUGGCCGCCCACAUUGGUCGUCCCGCCCACCACCUCCUUAUUGCCCACCACAUGCAGCGAUGCGGCGGCCUCCACGAACCGCGCCAUCGCGGUGUUGACGCGGCGGCCGACCUCAGUGACGUUCUGCACGGGGCGGGGGCUCUGCUCGAGCACCGAUGGGUUGACGAAGGACGACGCCACGCGCCAGGCGAUGGCCGACAUGUCCUGGUUGGCGAAGGGCAUGUAGUCGUCUUGCCAGGAGGGCUCCGGGUCGACGUGUGGGGGGAGGGGGGGAGGAGGCACCGAGGGGCGGGAUGGGUCGAAUGAGGGGAAGGCGGUCUUGAGCUGCUGGGCGGUGGCAUUGUGGAGUGCCUCGGUUAGCGCGUCGGCCAUCUCGCGCUGAGGUCGCAGGGCGGCGUUGACGGCCGACAUGACGGCAGUGGGCAGCUCGUUGAGCACCGCCGCAUGCUCCGUCAGCACCGGCUGGCGCUGACGGCGACUCCUCUCUGUGGCUGUGAAGAUGCUGCUGAUGUCGGCACCCGCCCGCAGCAGUGAAUGGAUGAUGCGCUUGUACUUGUCAAUCUCGCCGCGACACCGCUCCUUGGAGGCCUCGGGAGUGUUGGGGUCCUGCGGCCGUUGGGUGUGGUCAUGGUGCCAUCUGGCAGCCGUGGCGAGGGGCGUCUGGCCAUUGUUGUCCCGUCUGUCGAUCUGGUCAGCGGGCAGCUUGCGGCAGAGGUAGUCGGCCACCUUGAGGGAGCCCUUCCAUGCCGCGAUGUGCAGUGGCGUCCGCCCAUCAUGCACGACGGUCCCUUCCGUCAU